AUGGAGGCCACGAGAGAAAUACUCGAGAAAAAGAAGUAUUUGACAAAAGAAACAGACCAAUAUGGGUGGACUCCACUUCAUUAUGCUGCAUAUUACGAUCUUCCUCUCGGUGCAGAAUUCUUAUUAGAAUUUGACGAAUCCGCUGCAUUCAUAACUGACAAGGAUCGUAAAAUGACACCUCUUCAUGUGGCGAGCAGUCAAGGGAGUCUAAAGGUAAUAGAAAAAAUUCUUUUUCAUUCUCCACAAUGUUAUGAACUGGUGGAUGCUAGAGGUUGGAAUUUCCUUCACUUUGCUAUGCAAGAAAUUCAAGCAUUGACCCAAGAGGUUUGCAAUGGACAACGUCCAAGAGGUGUUAUCUGUAGUAGCAGAGAACCCAUUAGUGAAAAUGUAGGAGAACCCCUCAGUGAAGAUAUACUUGGAAUGGAGAAAGCAAGAGAACCGCAUUUGGUAGUGGCUGCGCUCAUAGCAACAGUAACCUUCGCGGCAGCUUUCACCAUGCCUGGUGGUUACCAAAGCGAAAAAGGACAGGAUCAAGGUACUGCAAUCCUAAGUAGAAACUAUCAUUUUCAAUCAUUUAUUAUAGCGGAUUCCAUCGCCAUGAGCCUCUCUGUUUCUGCUGUCUUUAUUCACUUUGUCAUGGCGUUAAGCCAAAACUUAGGGUCUCUCUUCGUGAUUUCAUAUUACCUUACCGAGUUUGCCAUGCUAGCAAUGGUGUUGGCUUUCGUUUUUGGCAUUCUUGCUGUUUUGCCACCCUCUGUAGGGCUUGGUGGUGCCAUUCCAUGUAUUUGCUUAGGCCUCUUCUUCCUUGUGUCAGUCUUAGUUGCAAUAGUGAAACGUUGA